UCCGGGUUCCUCGCUCAGUUUGUUUUGCUCGCAGCGCACGGCUCAACAUGACAGAAAGUCACACUCGAGUUUUAUCCCAAAUACAAGGAGUCAAAUAAGAUGUAAACUCGGAUUUUAAACACACGUUUUGCUCGGAUAAAGGCGGACUCGAGACACCGGGAUAUCAUCCUGAACCGAGACACCUGUUGCUCCAGUUUCUACUGACAGGUGUCACUUUCCUCGAGCAAGGAGCAGGUUGAAAGACUACCGAAACUUGGAUUAAUUUCUUAAUAUAUUUUCUAAAUCACAUUUGCAGGCAUUAUGAAGGUGACGGUAACUUUUGGGGACACCUCGGUGGUGGUUCCCUGUAAAGCUGGGUGGAACGUGCGGGAUUUAACCGAGCAAGCAACGAGGAGAUACUGCAGAGUUGUGGAGCAGCAUGGGGAGAGUGAAGUGAGGACGCACCACCUGGAGUACAUGGAGGGAGGAAUCCUGGACAUGGACGACCUGCUGAAUGAUCUGGUGGAGGACAGAGACAAGGACUCCUGGGGCCACAGUGCGUACCAGGGGCCGUCUCGAGUCCCCAACACGGAGCCCACCAUGAACGGGGGACUCAAUCCGACGAUGGCAAACAACAACGUCAACUCUGGAAGUGUUUCGUUUCCCGCUGCGACCACAAACGGCAGCUACGGCAACGAAGACUACUACGACGACGGCGGCUUCCCCCCACCCCCCUCCCCCGGCUCUGUGGAGGAAAUGAACAGAGACUCAACCCAAACUCCCCCCCGCCACAGCGAGUUUCAGAAGGAACGUCACGAGAACGCAGACGACAACAGACCUCGCAACAGAGCAUCCAAGAGCAUGGACAUGGUGGCGGAUGAGAGCAACAUGGGAUCAAUGGUCGGGCAGAGGAACGAGCCUCCAGCUGGAGCAGCGCUGGGUCCCACCCUCGGCCUCUGGAAGUCCAGCUCCCUGGAGAGCCUUCAGACGGCGGUGAGGGAGCAGAGCCGCAGCCACGCCCAGCAGCCCUUCCACCGCCCGCCGCCCCACAUGGUCCGGGGCCGGGCCGCCAACCAGAGCUUUCGCUUCGCCAUCGACAAGUCCUACGACGGACCCUCUGAGGAUGACGAUGACGGCUCAGAGCAGAGUUCCGGGCAAGAAACUCCCGUCAGCAGCUCCACUCGCCUGGACGUAGACGACGGAAAGAAGAAGAAGAAGACUAAAGGGAAGAAGAAGGAGAAAAAGAGCAAACCGAAGAAGGAGUCUGUGGAUGAUCCGGAGAAGAAGACCAAAAAGAAAGGAUUUGGCCUCCUAAGGUUUGGUAAGAAGAAGGAAGACAAGAGCAAAGAUGCUGGCAAAUCCUCCAAAAACAAACUGGAGGCCCUGAGUGAAGAGGAGCUGGACAGGAUCCCGGACCAAAGAGACGGCUAUGAGCCGCGUUACGCCACUAUCGAGUCUGGCCACGCCACCCCCGACUCGGCCUCCUUCCCCGACGUGGAAGACGACGACAGCGACCCAAACUACGCCCGCAUCAGCAACUUCCGCCCGCCGCCAUCGCCCCAGGCGUUUGUGAGUCGCACGCCCUCCCCCGCCCCGCCCACCGGGGGGUCCAACCCGCUGAAGGCCUCGGAGGAGGAGCUGGACGGCCUCUACGCCAAGGUCAACAAGUCAAGACCCCCGCCCACACAGGCAGACAGUGAUCCACGUCUCCAGGGGCAACGCAGGGAGUACCAGCAGAACCGAGCCGCUCCGGGAUACGAUGAGCUGGAAGCCGCUCGACGCAGAGCGCUGGAGAACGACCCGAGUCGGAUGGCACCCAGAGGAGCCGAGUCUCGGACAGCGCCCCGCUACGAAGAGGUGGACCGGCAGUACCCCACACAACCCAGGAGGGAUCCAUAUGACUACCCCACCCACUCCAGACCCGUGCCCAGAGACCCCAUCCCCCACCAGGGCCGUGUGCAGGCGCCCAACAACCAGCGCUACUACCCCUCGUCCCCCCGAGCAGAACAGCAGCACCGCGCCGCAGUGAGGCAGGACGUCCUGCCGCCCCCCGCGGGCCAGAGAGGGGACCACUUCUAUGAGGCCGCGGGGGGACGAGUGGAUGGGUACCGGCAGGCCAACCCGGGACGAUACUCCAGCCCAGAGAGGCACCCCGACACCGGGGAGCGCUACAGGGACGACAGGCAGCCCGACCAGAAGCGGAAGAACCCUCUGAUAGGUGCAGUGUAGAAAUAGAUAUAACAGAUUCACCUGUUCCCAGAUCUGUCAGGGCAGAUAAGUGAGAAACAUAUUAGUUUAUCUGAUAAAAGAACAAGAAGAGACCAGCUCUGAGGCUAACACCAGGCUUAUUUUCAGAAGCAUCUGGUCAUAACUCUGGCCAGCUUUAACUAGUGUGUACAUAUAUAUAAUCAUGUUGGCAAGCGCUUUGUGAAUGUGCCAAUGUGUAUUUUGAUAGAUUUUAUUAUUAAAUUAAAUGAAGGGCAAUUCAAUUAACAGCGUAGAUGUAUAGAGUUAGUGUAUGUUGUGUAGAAUCAACUCUUUUCCAGCGUUUUGCACAAGCUGCAGAGGAAAUGAAGAGAUCACCUUGACCAGCCGCACCAGGAGACACAGGAAGUCGACAAAACAGGAAACAGGAAGUAACUCCCCUUCAAAGUGUCCUCUUGUCCUUCAUGUUGGUCUCUUCGACUUCCUUUACAUCCUGCCGUCACACUUUGAUUCUUUUUUUUUUCUUUGAUUAUUCGUAGCUUAUACAUUUUCUGUACAUUUGUUAAAUGCUUUGUAUAUGAGUCUGUGAUAUUUUUGUGGUCUUAAUAUUAUAAUAAAAUGUAUAAAUCUUGAUCCACACACAAGAUAAUAUAUGGUGCAGCUAAUGAAACAUGUUAUCUUUAACUACUAGAACAUAUUAAAAGUGUCAAAGGUGUUUGGAUUUAAACAUG